UACUCCGUGUUUGGUUCUGUUUGUGUAUCUGAGAGACACAGAGAGAUGGGGGAAAAUGGAAAAGGAAAAGAAGAAACUAUGCAUCUUCCAUUAUUUGAAUCAAAGGCAGCUAAAGGAAAAAAUAUUUACAAGUUAUUUGCUUCAACAGUGUUUGUGGGUAUUUGCUUAAUAUGGUUAUAUAGAUUUAUGAAUAUACCAAGAAAAGGUGAAUCUGGAAGAUUAGCAUGGAUAAGCAUGUUCUUAGCUGAGCUUUGCUUUGGUUUAUAUUGGAUUAUCACUCAGUCUGCUCGUUGGGAUGUUAUAUAUCGGUAUCCCUUCAAGAACAGACUCUCCCACAGAUAUGAGGACAAGUUGCCAAGCGUGGACAUAUUUGUUUGUACAGCAGAUCCAAUAAUGGAACCUCCAACACUGGUGAUUAAUACAGUAUUAUCAGUUAUGUCAUAUAAUUACCCUCCUGAAAAAUUGAGUGUUUACCUUUCUGAUGAUGGGGGUUCAGAAUAUACAUUUUAUGGUCUCCUUGAGGCCUCUCAAUUCUCUAAAUAUUGGAUACCUUUCUGCAAGAGAUUCAAUGUGGAGCCUAGGUGCCCUGCUGCCUAUUUUGAAGAAGAUGCAUGCGAGAACAGUACAGAUAAAUCUUUUGUUCAAGAAUGGUUCAACACCAAGAAAUUAUACGAAGAUAUGAAAACUAGGAUUGAAAUCGCCAUAGAAAGUGGUAACAUCCCAAGCGAAAUUAAGGCUCAGCACAAAGGGUUCUCAGAAUGGAACUCUAAAGUUACAAAGCAAGAUCACCAGUCAAUUGUUCAGAUACUAAUAGAUGGAAGGGACCAUAACAUGGUCGACGUGGAUGGAAAUCGACUACCAACACUUCUCUACAUGUCACGAGAGAAAAAACCAAACUGUCCACAUAACUUCAAGGCUGGAUCAAUGAACUCAUUGAUACGAGUUUUGUCACAAAUGAGCAAUGCACCCAUCAUCCUUAACUUGGAUUGUGACAUGUACUCGAACGAUCCAGAUGCAAUACAAGAAGCGUUGUGCUUCUUCAUGGACGAAAAUCAAGGGCACGAGAUAGCCUACGUUCAGUAUCCUCAACGUUAUAAUAACGCAACCAAGAAUGAUAUUUACGGAAAUGUGGCUCGAGUUACUCAUGAGGUAAGUCGUAAAGAUGACAUUUUAAUUUCACGACAACCAAUUCUCAACUCUUAGGGGUCAUUUGGUUUGAAGACAUGUAACGUUGGGAUUAGGUAUACAAGAACUAGUUAUGUUGGAUUAGUUAAUUUGGUAUUAUUUUUUGUUGACUGUUUGAUCUGUUGUCUUAAAAAUAACAUGCAUCGCAUAUAUAAUUUCUAAGAUGAAAUUGUUUGUUUACUAAAAUACCCUCCAUCCUAUUUAGUAGAAAAAGAGUUUGAGGGAGGGGUAUUUUUAUCAUUUUUAUUGUUUUAUCUAGGGAUAACUAAUCCUAGAACUAUUAUUUUCCCAUUUGAUAGGGAUAUCCGAGGACUAUUUAUGCUUGUCCCGCAUACCAAAUGACCCUUAUUGUUGUAUCGAAAUGAAGUCCUAUUAUUAGCAUUCUUAUAAGACAUUUCGAUGAUUUAAGAAACUUUGAAUUUCCACAUGUAGAUUGAACUUGUGGAAUAGGAGGUUAUGGAGGCUUCUGUAUUGUGGCACUGGAUGUUUUCACAGAAGGGAAAGUCUUUGUGGCAGAAAAUUCUCUGAGGAUCAAACUGUCGAAUGGAAUAACAAGGAAGAAAAAUCCACCUAUAAAACUGUGGAAGAAAUACAGGAAGCAUCAAAAGUUGUUGCCAACUGUAGCUAUGAAGAGGGAACUCAAUGGGGAAAACAGAUGGGGUUGUUGUAUGGGUGUCCUGUGGAAGAUAUAAUCACAGGAUUAACAAUCCAAUGCAGAGGAUGGAAAUCGGUAUCGUAAUCCAAGUAAACAUGCAUUUUUGGGUGUAGCUCCAACAAUCUUAGAUGUUGCUCUUGUUCAACAUAAAAGAUGGUCAGAAGGCUUGUUCCAGAUUUUCGUAUCCAAAUAUUGCCCCUUCAUAUAUGGCCACGGCAAAAUCAAAUUGGGUGCCCAAAUGGGAUACUGCAUUUACCUUCUCUGGGCCCCUAUAUCUGUUGCCACACUGAUUUAUCUGUUGGUCCCUUCUCUUUGUCUGCUUCAUGGCAUCUCCCUAUUUCCAGAGGUGUCAAGCCUAUGGUUCUUGCCUUUUGCAUAUGUUUUCAUUGCCAAGUUCGUGUAUUCCUUGGCUGAAGCCAUGAUUUGCGGUGACACACCUAAGUCAUGGUGGAACUUGCAAAGAAUGUGGAUGAUUCGAAGGACAACUUCAUACUUCUUCGCGCUCAUAGAUGCAAGAACUAAGCAAUUAGGCAUCUCUCGAGACAAAGAUUCGCGCUCACAACAAAGGUCGUAGACGACGAUGUCCCCAGAGGAGAUACGACCAAGAGAUUAUGGAGUUCGGCAAUUCAUCUGCCAUGUUCACAAUCACAGCCACACUUGCAUUGGUUAAUCUAAUUAGUUUCAUUUGGGGAAUCGAGAAACUUGUUGUGGAUGCAGCAUUAGAAGGAGUACUGGAAAAUGUUGUGUCGCAUGUCAUUCUAUGUGGAUUAAUAGUUCUAGUGAAUGUCCCAGUUUAUGAGGCACUCUUUUUUCGCAGAGACGAGGGAAGCUUGCCAUCCUCUGUUCUGUUUCGGUCUGUCGUCCUAGUAUCAAUAGCAUGUCUGUUACCUAUUUUUUAGAUUUUAAUAGGACAUGGGUUGAACAAUAUGUAAUCAAAUAGUUUUCUUUUACCACGAAAGUUGUGAUGAUGCGGUGAGUAUCCUUCCAUUCUUAA